AUGACUCUCGACCUCUACUGGUCUCAAUAAAAAUCCAUCAUCACCUAUAACAGAAAAUUUUCUCAUUUACCAGUAUUUUCUUUUGACAAAAAUCAAUUAAAAUUAAAAUUAAUUGAAUCGAACAAUGCAUGUUUAACAACUUCAUAUAAUCAUACAAUUUUAAAUAACAUUAAUAACCAUUUAACCUCUCCUAUUUUUACACAAAUAAACUCAAAAUAUGCUAUUAAAUCAAAUGAAUCGAUUUUUUUACAAUAUAACCGAAAUAAUAAUAUAAAUCUUUCGCAACAAGAAAUACAAAAAUUCAUACCAUUUAUUGAAAAAUUAAUAAUGUCUGAUCAAAUUCAUCAAGGUUAUAUUCGUUCAUGUAAUCGUGGUGAUAAAAAUAAUAAUAUACUAUUUUUUAAUAUCGGAGGAAAUUACCGAUUUUGUCCUCAAAUACGUGCACAUCAUCAAAAUAAUACAACAGCAAUUUUAAUUGACACAAAAAAACUCACAUAUAGUAUUCGUUGUACAGAUUCUCAAUGCAAUAAUAAAUUUUUAACUUGGAAUAUGCUUGAAUAA